UUUUUAUGGAUAACUAUGGGCGGAACUCUAGAAGAGUAUAGCGGCAUCGAUGUAGGUGAUGAUACGUUAGAUGCAUUUCAUGUAUUCGGCAGAAGACUCAGGCAGCUUAAGCGACGCUCUACGAAUCAGGAGAAACGAGAUUUAAGCUUAAGCUAUUCGGCGACCAACAUUGAUUCGAAAGAAGGUACACGCGUCAAGACAAUAACUGUUAUCAAAAAUUUAAGUAAGAAACCGGGAAAAUUAAUUAUUGAUCCGAAAUUGCAUAAAAACGAAGGAUGGGCUAAUGCUUUUCGCGAUAAUUUCGAUACAUUUGGCAAAAUACCGGAUAUACCGGAUGUCGACGAUCUAUUCGCAUUUGUUAACAAUAAACGUAAUAACGCUGAAAACAAAAGACAAGAAAAGAAUAAUAUCGCAAAAGAUGAAUCGAUUGAAAAAAUGAAUACCAAAGAUGAAAAUGCUGAUUUAAAUUCGAAACAAGAAGAAGAAGAAAAAGUAGAAGAAAUAGAAGAAGUUAAAAAUGCUGAGAAAACUAUAAAUGCUGGCGAAAUGAAGAACACAGACGAAAAUAAAGAAGACACAUCUGCUAUACCGCCCACAGAAGACAAGGUAAACGUAGAAAAGGCAAAGCCUGUCGAAGAAGUAUCAAGUGAAUAUGAAUCCAUAAAAAAUGCACAGAAUGAUAAAACAAAAGUCGAAACUGAAUUAUUACCGAGUAGCAGUAAUUUACAUAAUCGCGUACGCUCGCAACUAUUGACUUCGAUACCAUAUAAUAAUAAUGAAUAUAAAAAUCCUUUACAUACAAAUAUAAAUUAUUCAAGACCGUAUCAACAGGCGAUUCAACAGUAUUUUGAUAAUCGCGUACAUCCCAUAAUAAACGAUGGAUAUUUAUAUACAAAUCUUUAUGAUAAUAGUUCACCUGUGGAUAGCAUUACUGUAACAACGCCAUCUGGACGCAAGUACUAUAUAUCCGCUAACAGUAACAGUAAUUCUAAAUCGAACAAUACGCGGUAUUUAGCACCAUCAAAAAAGAAAACACCAUCAACACAAACGCAAAUUCCGCCAUCGUCAUUAUCAUCAUCAUCAUCAUCAUCAUCAUCGUCGUCGUCGUCACCACCGACAAAUGUGCAAACUUUUCCAAUUAAUUCUUUGGUGCCAUCAGUUCAAUUAGGUCAGAAUGUCUUUUCAAAUCUACCGCAGCCAUACAAUUCUUUUCCAUUAAAUCAAAGAGUUCCCCAACAGCAAUCAACAAAUGAUGCGUUCCUUACGUUAAAUCCUGCAAAUUCGACAUCUACCCUGCAAUCUGCAAUAUUAUUGUUAGGACAACAGCAACAGUCUCAACAGCAACAGUCUGAACAAAAACAACAACAACAACAACAACAACAAUAUCAAUCACAACAGCAGAGUCAACUACAGACAUUUAGUAGUACAAGUCAACGUCCAUAUAUGGCACCGAAUUUACGUACCGGUCUUGGUGGUGUUAGCCGGGGAUCGCCCGUUGUGCGUACGAAUGCGUUUGGGAAACCAAAUGCUGGCCGAUCUCGUGGUUUAAAAUAUUAAGAUUAUAUAUGUUUUUGAUAAGCAAUAAGGAAAAAAUUUUCCUUUAAUUAAAUUAGAUGAAUAAGCACACGAAUGAUAUUAAUUAUUAUUAAUUAAUUACUUAACUAAUUACUAUUUGUUUCGCGCAUACAAGCGAAGAGAAAACGAAAACAACUUUUCAUUUCAUUUAUUCGAAAUUCAAUUAUAAUUAUUGCAAUCAUAUAUAU